UUAUGUAUGAAAGCCAAUACAGCGUUUUGUUCUAAAAUAAGAAAUUGGAUUUCGUCCUAGCUGGCAGCUCCUAUUGAUUUCUCUGCGCUAUGAUGCACUGUAAAGGAAGCAUUGAAGGUUAAUUUGAGUCUGUCUGCAGCGACAAUUCGAUCAGUCGGGUAACAUGUUUCUAUGUAGAUACUAGUAUGAUAUUUCUGUGAUUACGAUCGCUGUGAAAUAAUGGAGAUGACAAACAUGAAGGCUUACGACAGGGUGGCAUCAUCUGGGGAUAGCCUGGAUGUUGAUUUGAACUAUGAUGUCAUUAGGAGGCUUCAGAAAAAAAGCUGCAAGAGAUUUGUUCCGCGGAGGUUAAACAAGUCCAAAUGCAAGUGUGGCUAUCUGCUCAGUAAACACAAUGCAACUGAAGAAGCGGUGGAGCCAUUGGGAAAGCAUGGUGUGAAUGAAUUAGGUACAGGCGCAGGUGCUACAGGACACAACACAGAGAAUGCCAAACCUGAUAAUGCUGAGCCUUGGAACAUGAAAGAUGUUGAGACAGAUGGAAUAACGGACGCCUUUGGUCAUAUCAACUUUGUAGGGAUAGGACAACAAACUGCCGAGUAUGUGCGGUUGGCAGAUGAUACGCCCAGUGACCUGAUCUAUGACGUGCUCACGCAACAUUGGCAGCUAGAGCAACCUCAGUUCAUCAUCAGCAUCAUAGGUGGCGGUAAAAGCUUCGAUAUGAGCACAUGGAGAGGACGCUGGAAACGAAUUGUUAAUGACGGGUUUGUCAAGGUUGCCAAGCAGGUUACGAUGUGGGUGGUGACCAAUGGAACGCACACUGGGGUAAUUAAGGCAGUAGGCCAGGCGGUGAAAGAGGGACAGACACACAAUUGGACGGGCACGAUGAAGCGCUAUAAUCAGAUCAGUUGUAUAGGAAUUGCAAGUUGGGGAUACAUAGACCAUGAGGGUCUGGUCAAUAAAUCUCGUGAGUCAAAAUAUGUCGCAAACUAUACUGCUGAAAAUCUAGUAAUAACAAACAAAAUAGUUUCCCUAAACCCCGACCAUACCAACUUCCUUCUUGUGGAUGAUGGCACAAAGGGUUUCUACAGAGGAAAGGAAAAGGGCGAACACGAGCUUAGAGCAAGAUUUGAAGUCUAUAUGAGAAAUGAGAAAGGGGUCCCAUGUGUGCAACUUAUUGUUGGAGUGGAGAAGAUGGGCUACAUGGAUCAGAUGCUUCGUACACUCAAAGAAGGGAUUCCAGCAGUAAUCGCAGUAAACACUGGCGUCGGUGCAAAUAUACUGGCAGAUGCAUAUAAGAGAUACACGGACGUCUAUGCUCGAGAGAGAGAAAAUGGUUAUAGUGAUACUAUUGAGAAAAUGGAAGCAGAAAUAUCCGACCAUCUCAAAGAAGAGCUACAAAUAGCUUACCCAUAUAUGAUAGAAGACCAAGAACUCCUGACAGAAAUCUUAGACAAUUUAAAGAAAUGUUGCAGUAGAGAUAAUAUACAUUUUAUAUCUUUAUUUGACUUCAAUGAACGUGACGACCUUGAUGUAGCCAUUCUAACAACUCUGUUUAGAGUGAGAGGACAGGAAGUGAUGUCACCAAUAGAAAAACUCCAAUAUGCUUACAAAUGGCAACGUGCUGAUAUAGCCAAGUCAAUAAUCGAUUAUGAAUACAGUAAACCACUGAGCAAGCGUCAGGCUAAAGAAGCUGUACGUAUUCAAGACAUCACUCUUGUGGAUCUGUUUAUCAAUGCACUACGAGACGACAAAGUAGAGUUCGUCAAGAUGCUGCUGGAGAGUGGUAUAUACCUCAGACAACACCUGAACAUCUUGCAUUUAAUUUAUCUCUACAAUCAGACCGGUGAGAAUGAAGUUCUUCACCAGCAACUUAGACUAAUUGCAAAUAGAACGUCUUUUGAAGAUGUGAUCUCGGACGAUAUUCAUCCAGAACAAUGUAUGGAUUUGGUGCUAUUACAACACGUGUCCCAACUGUUUAAGAAACUUGUUGGCUACCACAAGCAAGAGGACUACAGUAAGAGAGUUACUAUGGAGACGAUCGACGUCAUCUCCAGAGCUUUGGAGGCCGAUUUCUUCCACAACGAUAUGUUCAAAGACAUCAGUGAGAAAGACCGCCACCUGGUUGAGCAGCUGAAGACUCCCGUACAGGAACUAUUUCUAUGGGCGAUAAUAAUGGGACGGCAAGACAUAGGGAAGCUUUUAUGGGGCGAAAUGAACAAUGGCAUCUCUAGUGCUUUAGCGGCCUCCACAAUGCUCAAGAAAUUUUCCGGCUACUUCCCGCUGGCUGUAUCUGAGAAAAGGGCAGAAUAUGAGACGAAUUCCCAAGAAUUCGCUGAGUUAGCAGGCGCCUUGCUAGAUGAGUGUACUGACGUUGAGCGCCCUCUGGCGAACAAGGUUAUUACAAGACCUGUCAGUCGCUGGAAGGCCGAAGAUGCAAUGGCAUUAGCAGCUAAUGGUGACAUAUCGAGUUUCCUUGCAAACACUGGUUGUCAAAAUGUCCUAACUGGUAUAUGGACAGAAGAUCUUCUCAGCUCAACUUUUAGGAUGCUGUUGUCAGUUUUCUUUCCACUUUUGAUUUUCACACCAUUUAUACGGUUUGGAAAUCCCAGCAGAAACCUGUUCAAGAAACUGAUUAAAUUCUACAACCUAGCUGUUGUCAAAUUCACCAUGUAUACAAUCAGCCAGAUCAUUUUUAUCCUGCUUUUCUCGUACUUUAUUCUGUUCGACUUUGAUGCCUUAAACGAUGAUGCCUCAAUCACUGUCAUAGAACUUAUCCUGAUGGUUUGGACCGGAACCCUCAUGCUGGAGGAAAUAAGACAAGUUUUUGUAGAGAGGAUGAAAUGGUUCAAGAGCCUAUGGAAUCUAGUUGACUUUGGCGGCAUGCUUCUAGUGGUCACUGCGUUCAGUAUCCGUAUUGCCAGCUAUAACGCUUAUAUUCCACACAACAAGGACUUUUACCAGAAUGCUUAUGAUAUCAGUAGACUGUUUUACGCCAUGAGUUGCCUUCUGUGGUACUGUAGAGUGUGCAAUGUAUUCCUCACGAGCUCCUACUUCGGUCCAUUACUUAUCAUGAUAUUGCGGAUGCUUGUGGAGGUAGUCUUCUUCCUGAUCAUUUUGGCUGUCUUCCUGGUUGGCUAUGGCGUUGCAAGUCAGGCCCUCAUGUACACACACAGAGAGCCGUUCUUAUACGUCAUCAAACACGUCAUAUAUCAUCCCUUCUGGAAUCUGUUGGGAGAAUUGAACUUAGAAGAAGUUGAAGGUGACCCUUAUUGCAAAGAGGGGUCAA